AUGCAGCCUCUAGCCGGAGCUCUGGGGUUGGCGGUCCCCGCGGCCGCGGCCGGCACCCCGAGCUUGGGGAGCGCUGCGCCCGGGUCGCAGGGGGUGCUGAUCGGGGACAGGUUUAUCACCUUGGAGAACUGCCUGCUGCCCGACGACAAGCUCCGCUUCACGCUGUCCAUGUCGAGCGGCCUCCGCGUGGUGGGCUGCGAGCUGAUCCAGGCGGCCGGCAUCCUGCUCCGCCUGCCGCAGGUGGCCGUGGCUACGGGGCAGGUGCUGUCCCAGCGGUUCUUCUACACCAAGUCCUUCGUGAAGCAUUCCAUGGAGCAUGUGUCCAUGGCCUGUGUGCACCUGGCGUCCAAAAGAGAAGAGGCUCCGAGGAGAAUUAGGGAUGUCAUCAAUGUGUUUCAUCGGCUCCGGCACCUGAGAGAAAAGAAGCAACCUGUGCCUCUUCUCCUAGAUCAAGAUCAUGUCAACUUGAAGAACCAGAUCAUAAAGGCAGAAAGACGGGUCCUCAAGGGGCUGGGCGUCUGUGUCCACGUGCAGCACCCUCACAAGAUAAUCGUUAUGUGCCUUCAGGUGCUAGAGUGCGAGCGGAACCAACACCUGGUCCAGACCGCAUGGGUAGCCUCUGAGGGUAAGUGACUAAGACUUCUCCUCUGCUGUCCAAGCGCUUUGGUGCAGGGACAGCGGCCGUCUCCAGCCAACCCAGUGCAGGCUCUCCACCGAAGGCUGGCUCUAGACUGGUGGUAUGCGUACGAUAGUAUAGUCAUGGCCGACUGCUGCUUGUGGUUCUGACGAUUGUGCUUCUUGUUGAUCCUGUCGUGCUUUGGUAAUUGUAUCGAUUAGAGUUGGUAACUGUCUCUUGACUUGGACUUUGUCCCCUUAAAACUGCUGCACCUGUACCAUAAAGAUGCAGUACCUUUCUCUAAAACAUCUGUGGGAAGCUGUAAGGGCUGAAAUGACAAUUGGUCGAUGGGAAUUGAGGCCGCUGGUGUGGGACUGUGCCGAUACUUCUCCAGGCCCUGAGACUCUGUGCAGCAGCUCAGCUGGACUCCCUUCAGGAAAGAUGUGCAUCUUUAAAUUAUUCUUUGGACUCUUUACAAAAUGUUGUAAAUUAUUUCAAAUGUAGCAAUAAGUUUAUAUGUUUUGGGGAUUUCAUUUGUUUUUUAGAACUUAAAACUUAAUGGAAUAGUGUCAUUGUUUGAAUACUGAAAAUGUUUUAUUAGAAACAAAAUGUUUGCCAACUUCUGGGCUUUUCACCCAUGGUCGCUCCUGGACCAGCGGCUAUACUUCCGCCACACUGCCUUCCCUCUUGAACCCUGGAGCAAGCUCCUCCAGACCGGCCGCCUCUCGCCUCUCGUAGGCAUCUGUGGAAUUUAUCGUUUAGCGUCUGAAAGGGUGUGGAUGUUACCUUCUCCGGGGUUUAUUGAGGGGAAAGAUAUCGGGUGGAGGGCAGUAUCCCUCAGGUCACCCACCCGUGCGUGUGGCCUGACACCAGGGUGCACUGUGCCAUUAUCAGGGCAUGCUGGGCAGUAAAUGUAUGACUUCUUCAA